CAAGAAACAAAUACCGCACAACACGAUGUGGACGAUGAGCUUCGGAACUUACCUACGCCGCCAACAAAUACAACCGCAGCGCCAAACAAUGCUAGUGAGGACGACGACGAUGAUGGUGAUUUUGCAGAGCUCAAUAAAAGGUUCAACUCAUCGUCGCACGUGCCCCCGUCAGACGACACUCUGCCACCCCCACCUCCUCCGCCGAUGGAUAGCGAUGAUGAUAGCGAUAGUGACUUUGGCGAACUUGCAGAUAGAUUCAAAAAACUGCAGAGCUGA